CAAGCUUCUGGACGACCAAUCGGCAGCUUAUCGUGUCAUUUAGGAACAGAUACGUAAAAUCUAAUGCAAUCGAUGAAAAACAAGGAAAACGGCGUGUGAUAAGAAGGUUGAUGGGGGGCUGCGGUGAGAUAAGAUUUGGAUUUUGGGUCUCUGGAUUCCGAUUACGGACCACACGCAGAAAGCCACAAACAACAGGUGUGGUGUAGGGGUCUAUAAAGCUGGAUUAGCCACCUGUACGCAGUACAGUCAGUGCCGGACUUCUGCCAGAACAUGGUGCUAAGCAGUGGAAGCAGAUGGGUGAUACUGGCCCUGGUCAGUGCGUUGUCGCUGGCUCAAGCCUUUUCAAUACGGGAAGUGAUUGCGUUCCGUGAAGGACAGGGGCCGCAACCGACCGAUAUCUCGAAGCUGACGGCCGAAAUCAUUGUCAACGAUGGCUACCUGGUGGAGGAACAUCAGGUUACGACGGCCGACGGUUACAUCCUGACGAUGUUCCGCAUUCCCGGUGGACCAGGUAAUCCGCCACGGGACGGCAAACAUGUUGCGUUCGUCCAACACGGUCUGCUGUGCUCAUCGGCCGAUUGGGUCGUCUCGGGACCGGGUAAGUCGCUCGCCUACCUGCUCGUAGAUGCCGGAUACGACGUGUGGCUUGGCAAUGCCCGUGGCAACACCAACUCCCGCCGUCACAUCUUCCACGAUCCGGACGCACGCAAUACGGACUUCUGGGACUUUAGCUGGCACGAGAUCGGUUACUUCGAUCUACCGGCUAUGAUUGAUUAUGCGCUCCAGCAGACCGGUCAGACGUCGUUGCAGUAUGCUGGCCACUCGCAAGGUACGACUUCGUUCUUUAUUAUGACCUCGUUGCGACCGGAAUAUAACCAGCGUAUCCGUUCGAUGCACGCCCUGGCCCCCGUUGCCUUCAUGAGCAACUUGCGCUCACCGUUCGUCCGUGCCUUUGCACCCUUCGUCGACUCAAUUGAUUGGCUUAUGCGUAUGUUGGGUGUGAACGAAUUCCUGCCAAGCAGUGACAUGAUGACGCUAGGUGGACAGAUGCUGUGCCGCGACGAAGCGCGCUUCCAGGAGGUAUGCUCCAACGUGCUCUUCCUGAUUGGUGGCUUCAACUCUCCCCAGCUGAACCGUACGAUGCUGCCCGCUAUUCUCGCCAACACACCGGCCGGUGCGUCGGUCAACCAACUCGUCCACUACGCCCAGGGCUACAACUCGGGACGUUUCCGGCAGUUCGAUUACGGUCUGACGCUCAACCUCAUCCGCUACGGAUCAAUCCGCCCGCCAGACUAUCCGCUGGAGCGUAUUACCGCUCCGGUCGCUCUGCACUACGGUGACAACGAUUGGCUAGCAGCCGUCAGCGAUGUUCGUGAGUUGCACGGACGCCUCCGUAAUUCGAUUGGAUUGUUCCGCGUGUCGGAUCCGGAUUGGAACCAUCUCGAUUUCACCUGGGGUAUCGAUGCGGACACGCUGCUGUACCGACGUGUCAUCAGCUUCAUGGAUCGAUACAACUGAAAGGGACACAAGAUCAGAGGCGAACAAGAAACACGAAGAUAAGGAUAAGCACCAGUGCAAA